GGAUGUUCUUCGCAACUCAACCUUCUGCGCAAUCAGAGCGGGCGCAGAGAAACCGACCUCGAAACACCAACACCAUCCGAUCACCAAUCAACCACUCAAAACCACCAAACCACACAAUCCACAACCAUGGCCACCACAGCCUCAAAACCCGCCAAACUCCCCGUCACCGUCGACAAGCCGACCCCCUACACCUUCGACCUCGGCCUGCUCCUCGCCAACGACCCCAACCCAGUCGCCAUCCCCGCCUCCGCCUCCGCCGCGACCGACCCCGCCGCCCUCGAGAGCCACCUCGCCUCCGUCGCGCGCGACGGCACCCAAGUGCUAAUCAACCAGCUGCUCACCACCUGCGCCAUCAGCUCCACGCCCGCAGGCGUGCUCCUCUCCCUGCCCCCGGCCCAAACCCCCUUACCGCGCGAGAAGCCGAUCCCGGCGGCCAAGGCGGAGACGAAAUGGUCGGCGUUCGCGAAGCGGCGCGGGAUCAAGCCCAAGACGCGGGAGCAGCGGCGCAACCAGCAGUACAACGAGGCGACGGGGGAGUUUGAGCGCAAGUGGGGGUACAAGGGCGCCAACAAGGCCGGGCAGGACGACGCGAUUAUUGAAGUCAGUGCUGCGAAGGAGGCGGAGCGCAGGGAAGGGACGAGCGUGCGCGGCGACAAGCGGAGGGAGAUUCGCGAGCGCGUGAAGCGGAAUGAGCGGCGGAUGAGGAAGAACCAGCGGAAUGCGGAGGGGAGGAAGUAGGGUUGGGCUUGUUCCUCUUUUUUUUUCAAAGCUCAGUUUUCGUUGUAUGAAGGCGGUGGUGGAUGAGUGCAUUACAGGCGUUAAACCAGGGUUCUGUGUUUG